AUGGACCUGUGGGUCCUGUGCGGUGCUGGCCAGCGAGCUCCCCAGGGGGGGGGAGGACCGGUGGGUCCUGUGCGGUGCUGGCCAGCGAGCUCCCUUGGGGGACCGGUGGGUCCUGUGCGGUGCUGGCCAGCGAGCUCCCCAGGGGGGAGGAGGACCGGUGGGUCCUGUGCGGUGCUGGCCAGCGAGCUCACCAGGGGGGAGGAGGCCCGGUGGGUCCUGUGCGGUGCUGGCCAGCGAGCUCCCCAGGGGGGAGGAGGACCGGUGGGUCCUGUGUGGUGCUGGCCAGCGAGCUCACCAGGGGGGAGGAGGCCCGGUGGGUCCUGUGCGGUGCUGGCCAGCGAGCUCCCCAGGGGGGAGGAGGGCCGGUGGGUCCUGUGCGGUGCUGGCCAGCGAGCUCCCCAGGGGGGAGGAGGACCGGUGGGUCCUGUGCGGUGCUGGCCAGCGAGCUCACCAGGGGGGAGGAGGCCCGGUGGGUCCUGUGCAGUGCUGGCCAGCGAGCUCCCCAGGGGGGAGGAGGACCGGUGGGUCCUGUGCGGUGCUGGCCAGCGAGCUCCCCAAGGGGGAGGAGGACCGGUGGGUCCUGUGCGGUGCUGGCCAGCGAGCUCCCCAGGGGGGAGGAGGGCCGGUGGGUCCUGUGCGGUGCUGGCCAGCGAGAUCCCCAGGGUGGAGGAGGACCGGUGGGUCCUGUGCGGUGCUGGCCAGCGAGCUCCCCAGGGGGGAGGAGGACCGCAUCUACCGUCCGGCGCCCUCGAUUCCCCCUUCCAUCGCCCUCGCUUCCCCCUUCUGUCGCCCUCGCUUCCCCCUUCCGUCGCCCUCGCUUCCCCCUUCCGUCGCCCUCGCUUCCCCCGCCCAUCGCCCUCGCUUCCCCCGCCCAUCGCCCUCGCUUCCCCCGCCCAUCGCCCUCGCUUCCCCCGCCCAUCGCCCUCGCUUCCCCCUCCCAUCGCCCUCGCUUCCCCCGCCCAUCGCCCUCGCUUCCCCCUCCCAUCGCCCUCGCGUCCCCCGCCUAUCGCCCUCGCUUCCCCCUCCCAUCCCCCUCCCAUCCCCCUCCCACCCCCCUCCCAUCUCCCUCCCUUCCCCCUCUCAUCGCCCUCCCUUCCCCCUCCCAUCCCCCUCCCAUCCCCCUCCCAUCCCCCUCCCAUCCCCCUCCCACCCCCCUCCCAUCCCCCUCCCUUCCCCCUCUCAUCGCCCUCCCUUCCCCCUUCCAUCCCCCUCCCACCCCCCUCCCAUCCCCCUCCCAUCGCCCUCUCAUCUCCCUCCCAUCCCCCUCCCAUCCCCCUCCUAUCGCCAUCCCAUCCCCCUUCCAUCCCCCGCCCAUCUCCCUCCCAUCCCCCUCCCAUCCCCCUCCCAUCGCCCUCCCAUCCCCCUCCCAUCCCCCUCCCAUCCCCCUCCCAUCCCCCGCCCAUCCCCCUCCCAUCCCCCUCCCAUCCCCCUCCCAUCCCCCUCCCAUCCCCCUCCCAUCCCCCUCCCAUCCCCCUCCCAUCCCCCUCCCAUCCCCCUCCCAUCCCCCUCCCAUCCCCCUCCCAUCCCCCUCCCAUCCCCCUCCCAUCCCCCUCCCAUCUCCCUCCCUUCCCCCUCUCAUAG